CGGGACACAGCCCCCAAACUUUCCCGGGAAUUUCUGCCGCUGGAAGGGCUGGGAAGGUCGGAGGAGGCGGCCCCGCAGCCCCCCCGGUUGUGCCCGGUGUCCCCCCCAGCCCCGGUCCGCACCGGAGCCCCUCGGCCGCCGCCGCCCCCCGACCAUGGCAGCGCUGCCCGGGACGGUGCCGCGGAUGAUGCGCCCGGCGCCGGGGCAGAACUACCCCCGCACCGGCUUCCCGCUGGAAGUGUCCACGCCGCUGGGCCAGGGCAGGGUGAACCAGCUCGGAGGGGUUUUCAUCAACGGGCGCCCGCUGCCCAACCACAUCCGCCACAAGAUCGUGGAGAUGGCGCACCACGGCAUCCGGCCCUGCGUGAUCUCCCGGCAGCUGCGCGUCUCCCACGGCUGCGUCUCCAAAAUCCUCUGCCGCUACCAGGAGACGGGAUCCAUCCGGCCCGGGGCCAUCGGCGGCAGCAAGCCCAGGCAGGUCGCGACUCCCGACGUGGAGAAGAAAAUCGAGGAAUACAAGCGGGAGAACCCCGGGAUGUUCAGCUGGGAGAUCCGGGACCGGCUGCUCAAGGACGGCCACUGCGACCGCAGCACGGUGCCCUCAGUGAGUUCGAUUAGCCGCGUGCUCCGCAUCAAAUUCGGCAAGAAGGAGGAGGACGAGGACUGCGACAAGAAGGAGGAGGACGGCGACAAGAAGGCCAAGCACAGCAUCGACGGCAUCCUGGGCGACAAAGGGAACCGCCUGGACGAGGGCUCGGACGUGGAGUCGGAGCCGGACCUGCCGCUGAAGCGGAAGCAGCGCCGCAGCCGCACCACGUUCACGGCAGAGCAGCUGGAGGAGCUGGAGAAGGCCUUCGAGAGGACCCACUACCCCGACAUCUACACCCGCGAGGAGCUGGCCCAGCGCACCAAGCUCACCGAGGCCCGCGUGCAGGUGUGGUUCAGCAACCGGCGGGCGCGCUGGCGCAAGCAGGCCGGAGCCAACCAGCUGGCAGCCUUCAACCACCUGCUGCCGGGGGGCUUCCCGCCCACGGGCAUGCCCGCGCUGCCCCCGUACCAGCUGCCCGACUCCUCGUACCCCAGCACCACCAUCUCCCAAGACGGCGGCAGCACCGUGCACCGGCCGCAGCCGCUGCCGCCCUCCACCAUGCACCAGGGCGGCCUGGCCGCCGCCGCCGACUCCGGCUCUGCCUACGGCGCCCGGCACAGCUUCUCCAGCUACUCCGAGAGCUUCAUGAACGCCGCAGCCCCCGCCAACCACAUGAACCCCGUCAGCAACGGCCUCUCCCCGCAGAAGCAGGGUGCCCAAAACAAGAUGCAGUGCUCCCGCUGGAACCUCACCAUAGCCCUGAACAAUCAGGUGAUGAGCAUCCUGAGCAACCCCAGCGGGGUCCCGCCGCAGCCCCAGGCCGAUUUCUCGAUCUCUCCCCUCCACGGCGGCCUGGACAGCACCAACUCCAUCUCGGCCAGCUGCAGCCAGCGCAGCGACUCCAUCAAGUCCGUGGAGAGCCUCCCGACCUCGCAGUCCUACUGUCCCCCCACCUACAGCACCACCAGCUACAGCGUGGAUCCCGUGGCCGGCUACCAGUACGGCCAGUACGGCCAGACUGCCGUGGAUUACCUGGCCAAGAACGUCAGCCUGUCCACGCAGCGCCGCAUGAAGCUGGGCGAGCACUCGGCCGUGCUGGGGCUGCUGCCGGUGGAGACGGGCCAGGCCUACUGAGAGC